AUCAUCAAGGCUAUAUUACUCUAUGCCAAGAAAGGGCAAUUCCAUGGCAAGUUUGUUUCAGUUAUGCUCCGAAAAGCUAUUUUCUUUUGUGACUCUUCAGGAGAAAAUAAUACAACCGUUUGUUUGAGCGGGUCCAUCACCCCACAGCAUUUGGGCCAAACGGUGUCUGCCCAACUGCAUUGGUCCUCCGGGAUUUUUGCUAACUAUCACAACGAUACCAUCGUUCUGUUUCUCUAUGUAGCUAACCGGCAACAUCGGCGAUACUUCAAUGCCUCAAGUGUCUAGCGCGCGGAACACCAUUAACGUUGUUCGACAGUUGCACUUUGUGACAAGCUGUCUGCUCUCCUGAGGUAGACCACUGAUGGAGCAGCAGCCAAUAGGCUCUGGGGACAGUCUUCGUCAUGUUUCCGUGUGUUUCCUCCUGGCCCUCUGCUGAGCCCCCGUCGCCCUGUGGCCAUGCCCCCCAGCCCACACACACUCACACACAGCCCCUGCUGUGCAGCGGCCCUGCCCCAACAAUGAACCCUCACCCCCACCCUGUCCCAGACUACAUGGAGUCCCUCAUCGUGGUGACUGAGUACGAGCCCAAGGAAGGUGAGGAGGUGGAGGACAUGGACAGCUCCGAGACCCUUGAGCCUGGCGCACCCCUCUUCAGAACCCCCUCCUGCGACCAGCUGUCCCAUGCUGUGGGCUGCCCCGUGGCCCUGUUCCCCAAGCCCCAGGAGCACCGGGGAAGACUAAACCUGUCGGACAGGAAGCUGUCCCUGCAGGAGCGCUCCCAGACGGCCUCGUCUCCCUGUGGCUCCCCAGGGCUCAACGGCCACUUCAUCUACCCCUCGCUGCCCUACUCGCCCAUCACCUCGCCCCACUCCUCCCCCCGGCUGCCCCGUAGACCCACCGUGGAGUCUCACCGCGUCUCCAUCACUGACCUGCAGGACUGCGUGCAGCUCAACCAGUACAAGCUCAAAGAUGAAAUCGGAAAGGGCUCAUAUGGUGUUGUCAAGCUGGCCUACAAUGAAGACGACAACACCUACUAUGCAAUGAAAGUGCUGUCCAAGAAGAGGCUGAUGAGGCAGGCAGGUUUCCCACGGAGACCACCCCCCCGCGGCGCCAAAGCAGCCCCUGAAGGCCCCCCUCAGCCCAAAGGACCCCUGGAACGGGUCUACCAGGAGAUUGCCAUCCUGAAAAAGCUGGACCAUCCCAAUGUAGUGAAACUGGUAGAGGUUCUGGAUGACCCUGGUGAGGACCAUCUGUACAUGGUGUUUGAGCUGGUCAAACAGGGGGCUGUGAUGGAAGAGAUGCCCACAGACAAGCCACUGAAUGAAGACCAGGCACGGUUCUACUUCCAAGACCUGCUCAGGGGGAUUGAGUUCUUGCAUUACCAGAGGAUCAUCCACCGGGACAUCAAGCCCUCUAACCUCCUAGUUGGGGAGGACGGUCAUAUUAAGAUUGCUGACUUUGGGGUCAGUAACCAGUUUGAGGGGGCAGACGCCCUUCUGACCAGCACAGUGGGCACGCCCGCCUUCCUCGCCCCAGAGACCCUCUCCGAGACCAGGAAGAACUUCUCUGGCAAGGCAUUGGAUAUUUGGGCCAUGGGAGUGACGCUCUAUUGUUUCGUGUUUGGAGUGUGUCCCUUUAUGGAUGAACGCAUCCUUAGUCUUCAUCAGAAGAUCAAGACCCAGCCAGUGGAGCUGCCAGAGCAUGCAGACAUAUCUGACGAUCUGAAAGAUCUGCUACUGAAGAUGCUGGACAAGAAUCCAGAGAGCAGGAUAUCAAUACCACAGAUUAAGGUGCACCCAUGGGUGACGAGGCACGGAGCGGAACCCCUCCCUCUGGAGGAUGAUAACUGCUCCAUGCUGAUUGAGGUGACCGAGGAGGAGGUGGAGAACUCUGUCAAACACAUCCCCAGUCUGGCCACUGUGAUCCUGGUGAGGACCAUGCUGAGGAAGCGCUCCUUUGGGAACCCCUUUGACUGGGGCCGUCAGAGGACUGAGGACAGAGGCCCCAGUCUGUCUGCACCGGGGCACAUGCUCACGAAACAAGCGAGCAUGGAGGGCAUGAGAAGUAUUGACCUGCCCUUCGUGGGAGAAGAUGAGGCUCUUUCCUGAUGCCGUGUGGUUUUUAAGCGCGAGGGUUGGGGCAUGCUAGUGACUCGACUUGCAGUCCGCCCUCAAACCCACCUUUCACUCACUGCUAUGUUAUGUUGUGGCAGCCACCAAUGUUUUUGUUGUUUUAGGUGGACGGGACUGUUGGAAGAGCUCCAUGACUUGUAUAGAGACGUGACUGGAGCCUGGACACCCUUCUGGGGGAAGCUCCCUUAUUGUCACUCACUAACCCCCUGUCUGUAAUGCAUGCUCAUGUUUCUAGUCAUAGCAUGCUCUGUCUCAGGCCUCUGAUGUACAGGUCUGUUUGCCUAGGUACCUGUGUUUCUCCACCCUCUCCACCAUUUGAAAAGACUCACGUUUAAUGCAGAGGUAUGUGGGAGGGGGUGUUUAUGGAUGGUUGUACAUUUCAAAGGGUGACUCCUGGUCCCCACAUUUCAGCAGAGUACUUGACUAUGUUUGUCUGUACCACUCAUCAAUGUGGACAGUUUAGGAACAUUCAUGUUUUCAGUGGAAACCUGUAUAGGAGAGGUUUAUUGAGAUGAAAAAGGUUUACUACAUUCAUAGCAUGUGUGUCUGUUGAUUUCUCAAUGCAAACAUUGUAGAAGCGACACAAGUUGCACAUUAAUAGAAUUAGUUGUUGCUGCACAAUCUAUUUGUUUUAUUUAUUAAGUCCUCACAAAUGAUUCAUUGUAAAAUGUCUCCCAGUUACGACAACUGGUGAAGUAAUGUAACUAAAUGUUUCUGAUAUAUGUGUUUAGCAAAGGGGAUGAUACAGUGUCGAAGCUGAAAUCAAAAUCACGUUUGUUUCUUUUUGUAUGGUAAUAGAUUUACAGAUCUCAUUUUCAGAACACCAUUAAGAAAAUGGUUAUCAUAUUUUGUAAAGUAACAUCAUUCAUAGAGAGACAAACACCUUUUAAACAAGUGCAUUGCAAUGUCAUUGUGAAAUUGUAUCAAUUACUGGCUCUUGCAAAUGAAUUUUAAUACCAAGUGUAUAGCCUAGUGCGGCUGCAGACCUCUUGUACAAUCUAUGCAUGACAUAUCCCUUAUGGAAAUGUUGGAAUUAGUUUGACAUGGAUAAAGUUGUCAUCAGAUAUGGUAAGAUACAAAUUAGAUGGUAGAACUUUGACAUUGCCAGUAGAGUGCAAUCUUUUUAAGUUCUCUGCUUUUUCUCCAUUUUUAGAUAAGCCCAAAGUGGUGGAAAAAUCUCCCCAGUUCUCUAGUGGCAUGUGUUUUUAACAUCUUGCCCUUUUUGUAUAUAGUUAGACAAUGUUGGUGUACAGAUCACUUCAGUCACUGAACAGGUUUAUGAUUCCAUGAGAUAUUAUUGAAACAACAUUAAUUCAACAAUGAAUGCUUCCACAUAGUGAUUAUUUCAGCACCAAAGUGUCAUUUUCUUGCAUGUCA